UUAAAUUCCAUUUAUUAACACACGGGAAAAAUAUGCUGGUCUCAGCAAAGAUGACCGACCAUCAUCAUCAUCAUCAUCAUCAAUUGUUAUAAAAUCUCAACUAGUUCACUAAUGUCCUUUAGAGAAGGGAAUCUGCCAACCUUGCAGAGUCCAGACCCACAGCAAAAUGGUGGAAGUGCCUUCUUAAAUAGCCAGACCAGCCACUCAGAUUCAAGGUGGGCAACAAAUGCUGGCCUUGCCUUCUAAGUACACAUCCCACGUAAAAACAAAAGCAGGGGAAAACAAAAGGUUAGCCACAGACCUCUUCUAACAAUCGAUGCACACCACAGCUUUUGUUAUUUCUUCUUUUUUUUAAAACAGCACCUUUCUUUUAGGAAUUGAUUACUUUGUAUUAUAGUUUCAAUCACUGGCUGUUUUGUUAACUGGCCUUUCAACAGGAAUUCUGGCAUUUUACAAGGUAAAAUACUGCUGAUGCUGGAAAUCUGUAAUGAACAGAAAAUGCCGGGAAAGAACCAGCAGGGUAGCUGUGGAAAUCUCUCUAUUUUGUUUAAAUUCACUGAGGGGAAUGUGGGCAUCACUAGCUGGUCAGCAGUUAAUUCUCGCCCCUUACUGCCUUCUUGAACCGUCGCAGCCCAUGUGCUAUAGGUAGACCACAGCAUCCUGAGGGAGGCAAUUCCAGGAUUUUGACCCAAUGACAGUGAAGGAAUGCUGAUAUUUCCACAUCAGGAUAGUGAAUGGCUUGGACGGGAUCUUGCAGGGGUGUUUUCCCAAACAGUCAUACAGAAUGGAAACAGACCCUUUGGUCCAACUUGUCAAUGCCAACUAAGUUUCCCUAGACUAAACUAACCCCACUUGCUUGCAUUUGGUCCAUAUCCCUCUAAACCUUCUCUAUUCAUGUACCUAUCCAACUGUCUUUUAAAUGCUGUAACUGUACCUGCAUCUACCACUUUCUCUGGCAGUACAUUCCACACACAAACCACCCUCUGCGUGAAAAAGUUGUCUCUCAGGUCCCUUUUAAAUUUUUCUACUUGCACCUUAAAAAUAUGUCCCCUAGUUUUGAAUUCACCCACCCUAGGGAAAAGACCUUUGCAGUUAACUUAUCCAUGUCCCUCCUGAUUUCAAAAAAAUCUUUAAGAUCACUUGUCAACUCCUACGCUCCAGUGACAAAAUUCCCAGCCUAUUCUUACAACUCAAACCCUCCAUUCCCAGCAAAAUCCUGGUAAAUCUUUUCCGAACCCUCCUUCAGCAGGAUGACCUGAAAUGUACACAGUACUCCAAAAAUGGCCUCACUAACAUCCUGUACGACCUUAGCAUGACUUUCCAAAUCCUAUACGCAAAGAUCUGAGCAAUGAAAUCAAGCUUGCUAAACACCUUCUUAACAAACACACACACACAUACACCCCUUCUUAACCAACCUAUGUGUGAUGCAACUUUCAAAGAGUUGUUACCUGUUCGACAACACUACCCAGGGCCCUACCAUUAACUGUAUAUGACCUGCCCUUGUUUGUUGUACCAAAAUGCAAUACCUUGUAUUUAUCCAAAUUAAGCUUCAUCUGCCAAUCCUCAGCCCAUUGGCCAACUGAUUGAGAUUUCCUUUGUAAUCUUACAUAACUUUCUUCACUGUUGACUAUGUUCUAGAUGGAACCGGUCAUGAAUUUGGAAGGCACAAUCUAAGGGUCUUUGAAUUUCUGCAGUGCAUCUUAUGUAGACAGCACACAAUGCUGUAGCUGAUCAUCGGUAGCAUCAAGCUGUGUCAAUGGAGCUGUAAUUAUCCAGGCACCUGGGGAGUAUUCCAUCACACCCCUGACUUAUGCCCUGUAGAUGAUAGACAGGCCUUGGGGAGUCAGGAGGCGAGUGUUUUUAACCUCUGACCUGAUCUUGUAACCAUUCAAUUAUUUAUAUGGCAAGUCCAGUCGAGUUGCUGCUUAAUUAUUAGCCCCUUGAUGUUGAUAGUGAGGGAAGUUCCCUAUUUUCAUGAUGCUAGCUGCAAUGUAAGUGCACCUUGGCACCUUUCAGCUGUUUGAAGGUGCUCCUCCUGGUUCGUCGGUGGGGGUGGACUGUCCCUUUUCUGAUGAAGGGUCUAGGCCCGAAACGUCAGCCUCUCUGUUCAUCCAGCUCUGCACCUUGUUGUCUCUGAUUCUCCAGCAUCUGCAGUUCCUACUAUCUCCCUUUAAAAGGCCAGGCGUCCCACGCGGUCACGUGGGCAGGCGCAGCCAACGGCGUGACGUCAGCAGUGGGCCCAGCCGGCCGUGGGAGACAUGGCGUCGACUUUCAAAGACCUCAGCGGCCGCUGCAUCACCCUCGAACAAAGACACCACUCGCCGCUCUGCCGCGAGUUCACAAUCCUGUCGCCGAAAAUGUCGCUGCGCUCGGUGUUGGGAUGCACGGCCGCCAUCUGGCUGGUCGCUUACGCCAUCUUUUACAGGACACAGAACACUUCAGUGCUCUCAGCUUCCAUUGUUUUGACUCUCGUUGGGAUGAUGCUGCACCUCCAUUUAUUUAAGAUUGAUCAGGAGUCAAUGCUGAUCAUUGGAUCGAUUGGAGUCCAGAUGAACACCUUGUAUGCUUCUGGCAGAGAGAGCGUGAGAUUCAUUGAGAUGAGGAAGGUGAAAGAUAUUGUGAUCAAUGAAGCCAUUUAUAUGCAGAAAGUUAUCUACUACCUGUGCAUUCUGCUGAUAGACCCAGGAAACCCCACAGGAGUGUCCGAGGUGGUGCCAGUAUUCCAGAGUGCAAAGCCACGUCUGGACUGUUUAUCGCAGGUGUACAGAAGCUGCCAGGAAAUCCUACAACAGACACAGGAGGAACAGUGAACCAGCUUCAGUCAAGGAAAGUCCUUGCUGUUUCAGGUGGAGUGUGGAUUGAUUGCUCUUGCUGUUGAAACGGACCUCAAAGGGCAUUAUUUCCUCUUAAAAAUAGGUGUCUAAGGUAAGCCCUCAGCCCAUCAAAUGAUCCUUCUGCAACAAGACUGUGGCAGGAAGACUGUGAAGAGGUUAGAGCACUUCCCACUGCUUGUCAGCAAAGCCAAGGAAAUGGUCCCACCAGAUAGCAAACGUUAGGCCACUGUCAAGUGAUGUGACUGCCUAUUUGAAAUGACAUCUUUGUUGUUGAGGCUGUUCAUAAAGAAGGACGUUGGAGUAGCCACAACAUAUUGAGCACAAAGCUUUGGAUGCAGAACAGUUGAAUGAACAACAGACUGAUGGUUCUUUGUCACCCUCGUGGUCAUGAGAAAAGAAAAGACUUGCCUGACCUUGCACCUUGUGCAAAUAUGCGAUCUGUCAGCAUACAAGUGAAGUACUCGUGAAGCGAGGUCACUGUUUUAAUGUAGGAAAUGCAGCAGCAGUUAAGUGUGCAACAAUAUGCUAAUGAUCUGAUCAGCAGUUUUAGCUUGUGCUGAUUUGAAGAAUAAACAUUAACCUGAACACCGGGGAGAACUGCCUUGCUUUUCUUUGAACUAGGAUCUUUUAUGUCCACCUGAGAGAGAGAGAGAGAGACCGGGGCUUCACUCUAAUGUCUCAUCCAAACACUGAACUGUGGUGGAGAGUCAGCCUAGCAUUUAUGAUCAAAUUUCUGGAUUGGAACUUGAACACACCACCUACUGACUGGGAAGUGAGAGUUCUGUUAAUUAACUAGCAACAACCACUGGUAACAAUCAGCAACAGAGUUUAUUCCUAGAGACCUGUACCUAAUGUCUCGUUCAAAUGUACCCAGUAGUGUAUUGAACUAUUUUAUUGGUAGGGCUGAUUGUAUAAGUAAGAUAAUGGAGGGGUUUGGCUUUUAGGCUAGUUCUGCAGCCUCUGGUACCCUGUUAUAUGUUAGCAGGUGAGUGAGCAUUAAAAGAUUUGUGACCUUCA